CCAGUACGUACUCUCUUGCUUGCUUGUUGCAACACAUGAAACCGAGCUGGGAUCAGGGACGAGUCCACCGUUUGACGCUCUUUAACUUCCCUUUUCCGAACGCCUGCCAACCUGUGGAGCUUUUCAGUCGAGAAGGGUGUUGACCCACCGAGCGGACAAGAAUCCACAGCACUUUCGUCGCAUGAUCUCCGAUAGCCUUCGUCACUCAAACCUCUUCGUUUUUUGAGGGGGAGUCCAGCGUGUCGAGGGCCAUACAUUAACAAGCGCGAAGAUGUCAAAGAUCUGUGCUUUGGCGUUAAUGGCAACUGUCUCGCUGGUGUUUGCUGAAGAGCAGAAGUCUGAAGAUGACCCAUUUACCUUUGACUACCACAGACUGCGUGUUGGAGGUCUGAUUCUUGCAGCUGUCCUUUGCCUCAUUGGCAUUACCAUCCUGCUCAGCGGCCACUGCCGGUGCAAGUUCAAGCAGGACAAAAGGAGGAGGGCAGGAAGCAACACUCAGGCAAUGCUCACCGACCAAGGUCGUGCCUGUGAUUGCUAGAAGUUGACAAGGACACGAUGAAGUGGGAUACUGCAGAAGCAGCAGCAUUUGACACCCAAGUGGAGGAGAUUUUCAUUUUUAAGGAAACCAACCUGAGGUUGUAAGAUGUGGGCUUGUUGUGACUGACAAAUGCUCUGUGGACAGCUAUUUCAGGCACUCACAAACACACACUUGCAUUGGAAAACUCUGGCAUGCGCGCGUGCGCACACACACACACACACACACACACACACACUUGUUGAGGCUUUCGUGUCAUAUUCAGUUCCAUUUUUUUACUUUGUCAUAAUUAUUCAUCAAUUUGAGUUAAAAGCUUGAAUUUAUUCUCGUCAAAGUGACCUGUUACACAAACCAAUUACAGUUCCUUAUAUAAGUUGUGUCAAUGUAUCUCACUACUCAGUAUUGCGUGUUUAAGAAAAAUGUGGAGCUAGACAUUAGCGACUUACUGUAAGCACCCUAACGCAUGUUUCAUGUAUCCCUGUCACAUACAUAAAAUGCACAUCGUAAUAAUUAUCCAUGAGUGACAAUAUGU